UGAGGAAUUUGUUUGCAGAUUUGGAAUCUAUUUACAGAUUGUGUUUUACAUUUGCAGAUUUUAAAUUUAUUUGUAGAUCUUGUUUUGUGUUUACAAAUUGUAAUAUGCAUUUUUGACUCAUAGUCUCUUCAUUUUCAAUGAUUAUGGCAUUAUUUUGUCACAACAGCGAAACAAUAGUGUCAGAAUUAUGAAAACAAAUGUGACACAAUCUACAAACAGAACAUGAUCUUCAUCUGCAAACAAGUCACUUUACAUUCAUUCAAAUUCUGGUUUUCAAGUACAAGUCACUGAUUUCUAUUUGUGAAUCAGGAUGUGUUUAUUUGUGGAUUUUUAAUCUUUUUGUAGAUCAUGCUUUAUAUUUGUGGAUCACAAAGAGUUUGUUUGAGGACUUUGUAUCUAUUUGUAGAUCUUGUUUUACAUUUGCGGAUCAUGAGGACUUUGUUUGCGGAUUUUUUAUCUAUUUGUAGAUUGUGUUUUGUGUUUACAAGUUCUAAUAUCUAUUUGUGACUUUUAGUCUGUCCAUUUUCAAUGGUUUUGGCAUCAAUUUACCCCCAUAUUGAUAGUCUGAGGAUCAUCAAUAUCAACAGAGAAACUGCUGAAAACACUCUUUAUUUCAUGUCAAUAGUUCCUGUUUUCACCUCAUUUAUUAUGCUGAUGUCUUCAGAUCUGCUGUAAAUUGACACUUAAAGCUCGUUUCAUUGCCGUCAACAGACUGAGGGGAUUUGAUGACCUCAAAUAUGUACAAUUAUUUUUGUCUUUGUGCUUUUAACUGUUUUUCUUACCAUUAUCCAUAUUUGGAAUAAUUUUGUUACAUUUUAUUCUGUUAUCAUUUAAUACAAAAACAAACCCUGUAACUGAUAUAUAUAUAUUUUUUUUUGGCAGAUCAGUUCCUCCCACACUGGGAUUCAUCAUCAGUGAAGCUCCUCCCACAGCAGUCACAUCAUCAGUGAAGCUCCUCCCACUGCAGUUCUCUAAUAAAUGCAGGAAUAUUCCCAUCAGAGAGCACUCACUGAAGCACCAGGAAGAGCUGAAAACUGCAAAGAACAUGAGUGAGUUUAUUAAGGAGGACAGUGAGAACACGAGUGAUCCAGAACCCUGCAGAAUGAAACACACUGAAGAUACUGAAGAACAAAGAGACCUGAUGGAAGAAAGCAAUGAGAGUGAAGAACUAAAGACAUUUCUAAAGAAAAGAGCCAAGAAAUCUUUCACCUGCACUCAGUGUGGAAAGAGUUUCUCAACCAAACAACAUCUUGAGUAUCACAUGAGAGUUCAUACAGGAGAGAAGCCGUUCACAUGUGAUCAGUGUGGGAAGAGCUACAGUCAAUCAUCACACCUUAAAGAACACACGAGGAUCCACACCGGAGAGAAGCCGUUCACAUGUGAUCAAUGUGGGAAGAGUUUCUCAACCAAACAACAUCUUAAGGAUCACAUGAGAGUUCAUACAGGAGAGAAGCCGUUCACAUGUGAUCAGUGUGGGAAGAGCUACAGUCAAUCAUCACACCUUAAAGGACACAUGACGAUCCACACCGGAGUGAGACUGUUCACGUGUGAUCAAUGUGACAAAACAUUUCGUGUGAAAUCAACCUUAAAGAGACACCUGAGAGUUCAUACAAAGGAGAAGCCACAUUCAUGUUCUGUGUGUGGAAAGAGUUUUUCACUGCUGCAAUAUUUACAUAAACAUGAGAAAACACACACUGGUGUGAGAGAGUACAUGUGCUUUGAG